AUGGACUCCCCCCAGAAUGGCUGCUACCGGCGUCUGUGUCCCCAGGAUGAGCUGCAGUUGCCUCCUGCAUCUCUGGGAGACUCUCCAAGAUCAGCAGGUAGCUCUGCCUCAGGCUACUGUCAAACGGCAGCUUCUGCUCUGAUCCUGGAGCAGGUGAGAUUUUUGUGUGCACCCUUUAAAAGUGGAGACUCUAUUUCCCACAGCUCUCUGGGACUCCCAAAAGUAAGCCCCAUAGGCCUUCAAAGACAAAUGUUCUGGGGUCUCAUCUUCCUGGCCCAGGACCGCUGGCCUGGGGAGGCUGAUGUGGGGCUCAGACCCUUCCCGCCUUGGGGAGAAGCUCUGUAA